AUGAAACUCCUCUACCCAACCUCCCUCUACAUUGACGCGAAGUCCCUAGAAGGCUUCUCCGUCGAAUUGCAUCCCUACGACGUCACAGUCCCAAUUCCCGAAUCCCUAAUCGACGCCGAGUUCCUAGUAACAUGGGCCAACAAAGCCACGAACCUCCGCGACGCAGCCUCCCGCAUGAAGAACCUCCGCUGGAUCCAGUCGCUAGCAGCCGGACCAAACGACGUCCUCGGUGCGGGCUUCGACGCCUCCCGAAUCGCUAUCACAACCGGCUCCGGCCUGCAUGACGAGACAGUCGCCGAACACACCCUCGGCCUGCUACUUAAUGCUGUCCGCCGCUUCUAUGAAAUGCGCGACUACCAGAACCGCGGCGAGUGGCCCGCCCACCUGGGCGGCCCCCAGCCCGAUCGCGCCCCCGGCACGUUCCGCACCCUCAAGGGUGCUAAUAUUACCAUCUGGGGAUUCGGAAAUAUCGCCAAGUCUCUCUCGCCCGUGCUGACCGCGCUCGGGGCUAAUGUCACCGGUGUUGCGCGGAGUACUGGUGUGCGGAAUGGGUUCGAGGUUGUUGCGGAGGAUCGCUUGCAGGAGAUUCUCCCCAAGACUGAUGCGCUUGUUAUGAUUCUGCCUGGAUCGGCGAGUACCAAUGGUGCGCUUAAUGCUGAGCGCUUGGCUUUGCUGCCGAGUCAUGCUUGGGUUGUUAAUGUUGGCCGGGGAACUUCCGUUGAUGAGGAUGCGCUGCUUGCGGCGCUUGAAAAGGGCAGCAUUGGCGGCGCGGCGCUGGAUGUUUUCUCCGUUGAGCCGCUCCCGAAGGAGUCUAAGCUUUAUGCCGCGCCUAAUCUUAUUCUUUCGCCUCAUGCUGCCGGUGGACGUCCGCGUGGGGCUGAGGCGCUUAUUGCGUUUAACCUGAGACGGCAGCUUGCUGGGCAGGAGCUGAAGAAUAUUAUUUGA